AUGCAGAAAUAUACGCACUCGUCGUCGUCCUCGCCGUCCUCGGCUGCUCGCCCAGGCACCCCACGGCGGGCGCUACAAACAAACAAUGACGCGAACCAGAACCAGAAUCAGAACCAGCUUUCACUCUCACUGUCACGCAAACGCCUUUCCUUGCAGGCAGCAGCAGCUACAAACACAGGCCUGCGAUCCUCUCCCUCUCCAGGCCUCUACUCGUCGCCUAGGCACAACCUUGCAGAGUCCCGUCGCACGCCUUCGUCGCCCAACUUCCAGGGCAAUCCACUCAGUCUCAGUCGCAGUCCCAGUGUGGCCAGCAUCAAUCGCACGUCGUCGCCUGCAAUGCGCAGAAAAUCGUCAACUUGCUCGCUUCGUGGCGACAAUGUCAACAUGACUGGAUCUCCUCGACAGCCUACUUCGCGCCGAUCCUCCUUUCAUCCACACGUCCCCUCGCCCAUGGGCCCCAACAGCCCGCUACAUGGCGGCCAACAAGAGAAGCCGCCACUACGGGCCUGCGAUGUGGCCGAAGAGCAUUUCAAGAAGGAGCUCUGCCGUCAUGAGGGAGUCGCGGGUGCGGUCAAGGCAGGCACCGUCGUCAUUGUGCACGACCACUGCUAUGGCCAUCGAUACUCACGACCCAGGACUCCCAAGGCCAUGCUCAACCUCAUCAUGGAGCGACCUGAGCGUCUCCUGGCCAGUGUUCUGGGUAUAGCAACAGCCUAUGUCCGACUGGGUGAGCGACACGCCCAAGGAAGUCACCCUCCACACCCCCAUCACAAUCCCCCCGAGCGCAUACCGUUCAAGAUUCGCAAGACGUCCCGCAUGGUCGACAUCAAUUCACAAGUCGUCACGAAUGUGCAUGGCACAAAGUGGAUGGCCGAGCUCAAGUCUCUGUGCGACGAUGCAGGACGCAAGCUGGCCUCGACGGGCAAGGAGUUGGCGAGGGAGGGUCCUGUUGUACCUUCAGGACAAGCCUCGAAGAAGGAACUACAUUCAGGAGACUUGUAUCUCUGUCCCGAGUCUCUCAAUGCUUUUCAAGGCGCCCUGGGUGGCGUUUUGGAUGCAGUAGAUGCCGUGUUCCAGGGCACGAGCAUGGGUGACGGUCCCUCUCGUGCCUUUGUCUGUAUCCGGCCCCCUGGCCACCACUGUUCUAGUGACCAUCCAUCGGGUUUCUGUUGGUUGAACAAUGUCCAUGUUGGCAUUGAGCACGCUAUGAUGACCUAUGGCCUGACCCACGCAGCCAUUAUAGAUUUCGAUCUGCAUCAUGGAGAUGGCUCACAAGCAAUCACGUGGGCUCGCAACAAGAAGGUGCAGAACAUGUCUAAAAACACGUCGAAUGCGAAGAAGACGUCCAUCGGCUACUUCAGCUUACACGACAUCAACUCGUAUCCAUGUGAGGACGGAGACGACGAUAAAGUACAGGCGGCCAGUCUGUGCAUCGACAACGCACACGGUCAAUCCAUCUGGAACGUGCAUUUGCAGUCUUGGAGAACCGUUGAAGAGUUUUGGGCCAUUUACGAAGACAAGUACAUGGUACUACUUGACAAGACGCGCCAGUACCUCAGGCAUCACACCCAUCGUCUCCAUACAACACCGAAUCACCCGAAGCCAAAAGCAGCCAUCUUCUUGUCUGCAGGCUUCGACGCCAGUGAAUGGGAGACUGCAGGCAUGCAACGCCAUUCUGUCAAUGUGCCCACCGAGUUUUACGCCCGUUUUACUCGCGAUGUGGUACGUUUGGCUGAGGAGGAGGGUACUGGUGUCGAGGGCCGUGUCAUCUCGGUGCUCGAGGGUGGUUACAGCGAUCGAGCCCUUACUAGCGGGGUGCUCAGCCACCUGAGUGGACUCUGUGAUGGACAGGUCUUCACAGAGCGAAAGGCUGAGAAAGGGCUUGCCUAUGAAAUGCGUCAGCGACUUGGCGGUCUGACCUUGGACGAUGAGGAUGUGCCCGUGCAGGCUAACGAGGACGAUUCCGAGCCCAUCACAUAUGAUCCUCUCUGGUGGCACGCAUCACACCUCAGUGAGCUGGAGAAUCUAGUGAGCCCGUCGCCUGUCAUGCCGAAGAAGCCUCGUCCCGAGAUUCACAACCACUUUUCAUCUCCCACACAGUCUUUCGCGGCCAAGGUUGUCGAUCCCAGCAAGCUGAAUCGGAGCACCUCUUCUAGAUAUCCCUCUAGCCCUUCACGAGCGCCAACACCGCCUCCUCCGGAUGUGGACUGGGCAACAGCAGCGCAAGCUCUGGCCAAAUUGCUGAUUCCCUCUGACCGUCAGACUCGCAGCUUCCAGCCCGAGGAUCUGGCCGAGCCGAAAGUGAAGAAAGAGAAGGCCGCAGCUCCGACACUAGCUUCUGUGCAUGUUGAUCUGUCUGGACGACAGUUGCGUGGCCGCAAGGCUGCACCGACAUAUGCUGACCCAGACUUGGAUGAAGUGUCUGUUCGUGGGGAAUCACGAGCUAGUAGGCGGAAGACGAUUGCUGAUUUUCCAAUCGCCACUGAAGAUGACCCGGCACCAGGACGGUCUGCGGCGUCACGGAGAAUGAGUAUUGCUUCGAGCGUGUCGUCGAUUGGCGAUGGAAACGUCAGUCGAGCACCAAGUGUCGCGGCGAGUCGACGAAGUGUCGCUCCGGCCAACAGCGCGGGAGCCAAAAAGACACGAGGCUCCUCGACCGCUACCACUCGUGCUCCUCAGCGCCCUGCCGCUCCAAGUGUACCCUCUGGACAUGCUAGCAAGACGAAGCCGGUCAAAGGCAAAGAGAAUGAUGGACUGGAUGCAAUCACUUACGGUCUGAAGCGUGUCACGCUCAGAAUGCCUUCAAAAGAAGAGUACGAGGCUCGAGAGAAGGAGAAGGCUGCUGAAGCCGCGAAGAAGGCGGCGACGAAGACGACAACGCGCAAGGCAGCUGCAGUGAAGCCAACUGUGACCAAAUUAACUGCCAAAGCAGCCACAGCAAAGCGAGCUCCUGGUCGGCCACCCAAAUCAGCCAAAGCCCCCUCACCUGUUGACGCCAGGCCAACCACGCCGAUGCCUGCAUCACCCGAGAUGCAGGCUACCGAGGCUGGUCUUGUAGAGCACUCGUCUCAUCCCAUGCGAAGGCAGUCUAGUAGUACAGUGGUUGCUGCACAGGUGAUGCAAGACACUCAACCGCGUUCGAGGCAGUCUGCUGUCGAGGGUCGCACCUCUGCGAGCCUCAUGGAAGCACCGAGGGAGCUUGGAGAUGCAGCCAUGAGCCCAGAGCAGCUUCGCGAGCAGCUGCCUAUGCCAUCGUUUGUCACAGUCGGCGAGCCUGUACAGAACCCGUCACCUUCCUCGCGUGCAGACACACCUCCGCCGCCGCCACCCUGCAGCAUCCCCCAGUUUGUCAACUACACUGCACAUUCCUUUGACGAAGAGGUGACAGCAGAAGGGCAUUAUUUUGCAAACCAUCAUGGUGCCGAGUCUCUGCAGUGGUUGCCGCCCGCUACAGCAGCCUCGCCGUCAUCGGCGACGGAAUGCCGACCCUUGUCGCCUGCGUGCAGAAAGGGAUCCUUGCCCGUCUUUACCGCACAUGGAAUCAUUCCCUUUGCCUCGAGCGCGUCUAGGACGCAGGAAGCUCAUGCAGGGUUACACAGUGCAUUUGGACAGCAAGGUGCUGCGCCCGCCGUCAAGCACGAGGACAAGAGCCAGGAUCUGUGGGAAGUACCCGACACGCCCGCUCGCUAG